AUGGACGAUAUAGUUAUACACAGCAGUACAAUUAAAGAACAUUGCGUGUUGUUGCAAGAAGUUUAUAGAAGAUUAAAGGAAAAUAACAUGAAACUAAAUCCGAACAAAAUACAGUUCUGCAAAAAGGAGGCAAAAUUACUAAGGGUUACAUUGAAUGCUGUAGAUGUUACUCCGUCAGAAAUCAAGAAAAAUGAAGCUCUAAAGUUCUCUACACCAAAAAGUGUUACAGAAGUUAGAAGAUUCUUUGGUCUUACAGGAUGA